AUGGCAAACCCAUUCCCCUCAGACUGGAAUCUCACGUCUCCAAAAGAAGACACGGCGCCGCCCGCGAAGCAACUCCCGUUCACAAUCCGCACCUUCUCCUUCCGCAACGCCCUCAACUACUGCGCGAGCCAGAUUCUGUCGCGCUUCUCGCCAGACGACGACUCGUCGCCGCCCGCGCUCGAACGCAGCUCGUCGACGCGAGACUCGACGCCGCCAUCCACACCGAUCACACCCGGGAAAUACACAACAUCACCAGCACAAAGUUUCGGCGGAAGGGCAGUAGCAGUCGUCCCAACACCUUCCUCCACCACCUCUACCUCCGCGCAAUCCAAGCGCCAGCACUCGCAGGACGAGCUGCGCAGCCUCUCCGACUCUCAGCUCGGGCUUCAACUGGCGAUCCUCCUGCCCGAACGCAUGUGCGAGUCGCCGAUGCCAGUAUCAGAAGAGGAAAAACCAUCAUGCCCCCCACAGCUGCACGCACCGCAGGGUCAGAGACACCAGCGAAUGACGCUGCGCCAAAGUGAGGGGCCCCCGGGCGCCAUUCCGCUUUUGGAUCUGGAUGCAGCGCAGGAGGUCGACGAGGCGUCCAGCGACGGUGCAGAACAGCCGCAGGCGGAAGUUUCAGGCGGCGGCAGCGACAACGGCGGCGACUGGGAUUAUGCGGUAGUGCGGCUCAAUGCUGCUGCAGUAGCAAGCCGUGUGGCGAGUGGGAGCUGCAGCAGAGGAAGCAGCUGUGAGUUGGCGGGAAAUGCGCCCUGGCGAUGCGUCGCGCCACGUGAUUUGCUGUUCGCAUAG